AUGGUCAGCAAAACGCACGAAGCCUGGACGUCUUUUUUGCCCCUCAUCUCAUCCCCAAGAAGAUGGGGAUCCUUUUCGGCCUCGGUAUUUGCAAACACCACCCUCUACAUGCAGAGCAUACCGAAGACCGCGAGGUUAUCAGACAUCACCAACGAAGUGGGCUUUUGGCAAGCAUGUCGAUCCGCCACUGCGUUAGGAAAGAGUGAGGGAAAUGGGGCACGGGGAGACGCAGCGACUACACCCGACGUAUCGAACCAUGGUGCGGCCGCGAUACGAAAGCUUGGACGGCGGGCGGUGCAAGAGUCCCAGAAAUGCCGCUCGGCGGCACACACCGAGAGAUGGAAAAGAGACGGGCGUUCAGAACGUGGAUAUCAUCACCGAAGAAUCUGCUCUGAUUAG